AUGUAUACGUACACUCAAACACGUCCAGUCCAACAUGUUUCAUGGACAUGGCUAGCAGAGAAUGAGAGAAUAAUCAAAUAUUCAUGGUAUCAAUUUGGAGAUAGAUCAAUAGAAGGAGUUUAUUAUGAAAUGAAAUUAUUAGGAGUGACUGGAAUCAAAUAUAAUGUUGAUAGGACAGAAAUCAUUGAAGCACAUUUGGGAGGAUCACCAUGGGACAGUUUCAAAUAUUUGAACAAUAUUUACGAAAAUGUUUUUGUAGUCACCACAAUAUGCUUUACAUUCUCGACAAUAACACUCUUGUUGUUUAUAGUUGAUCGAUUAAUACCAGAAUGGAUCAUCAAAGUGAUUGCAAUUCAAAUUUUUCUAUCAAUCAUGUGUGACAUUUUGAUAGUCUAUGCAGUUUUCUAUUUCCACAACAAUGUCAAAACCAUGCUACAACUAGAUUUUCCAGAUUUUCAUUUUUCCGAUCAAUUUACAGACAAUUAUAAAGGAAUUCCCGAAGGUCCUCGACACGCAUGGUUUAUUGCCAUGUCAGCUGGUCCAACCACCUUUAUAUCUGUUUUCUUCUUUAUAUUAAACGUUUAUUUUAUACUCAAAGACCGUGCUAGUAAGGAAUCGCAAGAUAUUGAAAACAACGACGACAACUAUCUUUAUGAUCCAAAUUCUCCACAAUUAAAUCCAACCUAUAAUUAUUAUACUAGUUAUUAUAGUCAAAAAGCAAUAAGUCAUCGAACAACUACAAAUAAUAAUAAUAAUGAUAAUAGUAAUAGUUUAAGUACAAGUCAACAAAAUAUAAAUAAUAUUAAUAAUAAUAAUGAAAAUAGUAAUAUUAUUAAAUUUAUAAAUACACCAAGAUUAUCAUCAUCAAAACAAGUCAAUCCUUUAACAAAUAGUUUUAAUAAUAAUAGUUUAAAUUUUGAUGAAAGUCAAAAUAAUAAUAAUCCUUUAAGAAAUAGUUUAAAUAGAAAUACUUUAAAUCUUGAUAAUAUUUUAGAAAAUAAUAAUAAUAAUAAUAAUAAUAAUAAUAAUAAUAAUAAUAAUAAUAAUAAUAAUAAUAAUAAUAAUAAUAAAUCUAGUAGUAGUAGUAGUAGUACAAAUAGUAUUGGAAACAAAGAAAAUAAGUUAAUAACCGAAAAACAAGAACUUUCAAAAUCAACUAGUAGUGUUAGUAAUAGUAGUAGUAGUAGUAGUAUAAAUAAUAGUGAAAUUAUAAUCAAUAAUGUAAAUAUAAAAGAAAAUAUGAUCUGUAACGACAUUGCAUUGACUAGACACCGAUUCAGUGAUGUUUUAUAUCAAUGGGCAGCAUGCUAUGGUUUUCACAAGUUGGUGAUUGAAAAGUUUCGAAUCGAUCCAAAAUCACUCCGAGAGCAGCUGAUCUCUCACGCCUAUGCCAAAUUCCCAAUCAUGGAUGUCCUUCUUCACAACAAGUAUCUAAAGUUGGACGAUUUCAAAAAGUUGGUUGGUAUUUCAAUGGAAAGAGAUUGUACCACUCGUCUAUUGGACCGAUUGGCGUUAAAUCCUACAUUUUACAAAGACGAUGCAUCACAGUUGAUCCAAGCCAUCAACUUUACUAAAAGUCAACUCGAGUUUCCACAUCAUCUUCCCACCUAUUAUAGUACGAUCAUCAUCAAUGCCACCAUUCGAUCCAAUAAUUUUGAAGCCGUUCGAUAUGUAUUUGAACAACUAGUGUUUAUCGACAAAAAGGUACCAAAGAGUUUUGUAGAAUGUGCAUCUGCUCAACCACCCCUUGGAGACAGUACAAUCAUUUUAGAGUACUUUAUCGAAAAGUACAAAUCUGAAGUACAUCCAGGGUAUUUUGAUUUAAAGUCAAUUGCAAUGUAUGGAAAUUACAAGUUUAUCGAGAUUUUAAACAACCAUUUCGACAUGAAAGAAUACAUUACACCAACAAUCGUAGAAAUUGCAUGUUAUAAUGGACAAUACGAAUUUGUUGUCAAUCUUUUAGAAAAUUUUAAACAUUUACAAUUAUCUAGUUCAUUUGUACUACUUUUUGCUGCUAGUAGUUAUAAUAUAAAAUUAUUAAGAUAUUUAAAUGAAAAUAUUGAUUGUGGACCAAUUGAAUCAAUACUUCCAUUAUUUAUAUUUUAUGAAGAUACACCAGACCUUUAUAAUAUUUAUUAUCAAGAGCCAACCCAAACACCUUUUUGUUUCUAUCGUGAACCAUACCAGCCACAAUAUUUCAGAAUUCAUGAGCAUGUCAAACUACGCACACAAUAUCUAGAUGGUACACCAAAACCAAAAGAAGACCAGGCAACUCAAACAAGAAAACGUCAAGAAAUGAUAGAUUUCCUUAAAAGUUCAAAUUGUUUUAUCAAUUCAGAAACUAUUGGAAUGUUAAGAGCUAUUUAUAAGAAUGCACAAGAUUAUCGACAAUAUCACUCAAGUGUCAUGGCGAUGCAUAAUCUUUUUGGAAAGGCAAAACAAUAUCCAAAAUUUGAUUCUUUUGAUCUAGAAUAA